UUGACCUGAGCAUGGAGUGGCUCGAGUGAUCUGAGCGCGGUGUGGUUUCCCACGGCGAUCUGACCUCAUCUGAAACCAGAACCAUGGUGAGCCGACUCAGGAGCUGCGCCCGCUUCUGCAAGAAGCUGAACCGAGUCAAGACCUUAGAGGAUGACAUGAUGGAGACCUCGCUGAAGAGGUGCCUCACCACGGUGGACCUGACCCUGCUAGGCAUCGGGGGCAUGGUGGGCUCCGGCUUGUAUGUACUGACGGGAACAGUGGCCAAAGAAACAGCAGGCCCGGCUGUGGUCAUAUCCUUCCUGCUUGCCGGGGUGGCCUCCCUGCUUGCAGCAUUCUGCUACGCUGAGUUCGGAGCCCGGGUGCCAAAGACCGGCUCGGCCUAUAUGUUCACCUACAUCUCCGUUGGGGAAAUUUGGGCCUUCUUGAUUGGCUGGGAUGUUAUUCUGGAGUAUAUGAUUGGAGGAGCGGCAGUGGCUCGGGCCUGGAGCGGUUACCUAGACUCCAUUUUUAAUCACACUAUUAAAAAUUUCACAGAGACCCACAUUGUGAACUGGCACGUGCCCUUCUUAGCUCAUUACCCUGAUUUCCUGGCAGCAGUGAUUAUCUUAAUAGCCACGGUCUUUGUCUCCUUUGGAGCCCAGGUCUCUUCCUGGGUCAACCACGUGUUCGCAGUAGUCAGCAUGCUUGUCAUCCUCUUCAUCCUCAUUUUUGGGUUCAUUUUGGCCAAACCAGUCAACUGGAGCAUGCAGGAAGGGGGCUUUGCUCCCUAUGGCAUGUCUGGAAUCCUGGCUGGCAGUGCCACCUGUUUCUAUGCCUUCGUUGGCUUUGACGUGAUCGCGGCUUCCAGCGAGGAGACCAAGAACCCUCAGAAAGCCGUCCCCAUAGCAACUGCUGUCUCCCUCAGCAUGGCAACCGGGGCCUACAUCCUGGUCUCUACGGUGCUCACUCUAAUGGUGCCCUGGCACACCCUGGAUGCUGAGUCUGCUCUGUCUGAUAGUUUCUACCAUCAGGGUUACAGCUGGGCAGGCUUCAUAGUGGCCAUCGGCUCCAUCUGUGCAAUGAACACAGUUCUCCUGAGUAACCUCUUCUCACUGCCCCGCAUUGUCUACGCCAUGGCUGAAGACGGCUUGUUCUUCCAGGUCUUUGCCCGGGUCCACCCAGUAACCAAGGUGCCGGUAAUCGCCAUCGUGGUGUUCGGGAUCCUCAUGGCCAUCCUGGCUCUGAUCUUUGACCUGGAGGCUUUGGUCCAGUUCCUCUCCAUCGGCACCCUGCUCGCCUACACUUUCGUAGCUGCUAGUGUCAUCGUCCUGAGGUUCCAGCCCAACAAACCCAGCUCUCCCCCCUCCGCCACCCAGUCCCCUGCAACCAAACCCAGCUCCCCAGCCCAGGACAGCAGGGAACUGAAGGAGUACGAGUCCUUAUCCGAAAAACUCCAGCUGGUGGAGAUGCAGAAGAAAACCAAUGCGUGGAGAGAGCCUGGCCAGCUCAGGCCUGUCUUUGACCCCUACCUGAAGUUCCUCAAUGCCUUUGAGCCUGGGGAGGUAGUGACCAUCUCUGUGGUGUCCAUGGUGGUCUGUGCUAUUUGCAUGUGUAUCAUCCUGGUGUUUGGGACAAACCAGCUGCCCCUUUGGAGUUUUUGUCUGCUGGUUCUCCUGUGUGGAACCGGGUAUCUCCUCAGUCUCUUCUUCAUUUGGGUCCACGAGCAGCAGCAUGUCAACAAGACCUUUCAGGUGCCGCUGGUGCCUUUAAUUCCAGGGCUGAGCAUCUUGAUGAAUAUAUUCCUCAUGCUGAAGCUGAGCGCAAUGACUUGGGUCCGCUUCUCAGUCUGGCUUCUACUAGGUCUCACAGUGUAUUUUGGCUACGGUAUCUGGCACAGCAAGGAGAACCUGUGUGAGCACAAGCCCCAAAAUGUCGCUGCACACUACGUGGUCCUGCCCAGAGGCAACCUGGUACAGACUGUCCAGGCCAUGCAGCCAGACCCCCUGGAGGGCACAGGGCAGGAGGAGUCCACGUUCUGGGUUUGAUUAUUUCUUUCCUAUAAGGGUCACAACACUGAAACCAAGGUUAGCUGAAAGCACCAAAGGAAAGGACAUAUUGUAAUCAUGUUUGAGUAGUGACAUUGGUCUCCAUGCAGUGCAGUUCAGAAAACACUAGCUCUGUCUUUUGUGUUUAGCAUUCAGCCAAUAUAUACAGCUAUACAACCCUAGACACAUAUCAACUGUAUGUGGUAGUUUUUUUGUCAUGUUUUAUAUGUAAGUGACUUGUUUAUUUCCUUCCCUUUUUUCUGAGGUUUGCAGUAAUAGUGAUGGUCUGUUGCUCCACUUUUCUUCUUUUUACCCUUUCACUGAGCACAUCCACCUGCCUGCUAAUUGUGGUUGACUUCUUCAUUAGUACAGUGUGUAUUCAUUCAGCUUGGAAAAGGUGGAGAGUGGACACACAACAGGUCACGGAAUCAAUAGAGGUUUUGGGGAAUGAGAAGGACUGGAUUAGCACUAGUCUUGGACUACCUUACCCAAGGUAACAUUAGUGCUAAUUGGAGUCUGAAACCUGCUGUAACUGGUCUGCACCCUGGGCUUCUCUAUAAAGCUCCUUGCCUAAAUUUGA